AUGACUUCCACAUCGCAGUCGCCGUCUUCGCCGACGCGACCGACCACAGACGCGCCUUCAUCGCAUACAGCUACGCAAAGUUCAAAUGCCAACUCGGAAAAGUCCGCCGACAAUCCCGCCAAUGGAGGACAAGAGGAGGUUCAGGCGGCAAAGAAGCCCAGUUUGAAAGAGAGGGCCGAGAAAUUAUGGGCAAAAACACAACUGGAUCCUACAACCAUGAAGAUUAUGGCCAAGGGUGCUCUUGCACCAACAAUCAGUCUGGCUGCAUACCAGGCUACCAAUUUCGCAGAGACAUACACUACCUUAGGUUACCUCGUUGGAGUCGUCUCAAUCUUGAGUUUCCCAAUCAUGCCCAGAUCGAAGUUCUUUCAAACCUGGUUUCUAAAUAUGUUAUCCGCAUGCUUCGCUGCAUGCAUUGCUCUACUAGCGAUAUAUUGUGCCGUCCAGGCUAGACUCCACACUGAGACCAGAGUACGGACUGGGGGUCCCGGCACGAGCGGAACUCCUGCUCCAGGUGCAGCUACUUCCACCUACAACUCGUCAGCAGCUGCGGUCAGUGGUGUCUGGCUGUUCUUUGAAAUCUGGAUUAUCAAUACCAUGCGAGCGAGGAACCCCCAACUCAUGAUCCCGGGCAUCAUUGCCACCAUCUUCGCAAACGUAAGUAUGGUCUAUGCACCUCAGUUCAACUCGAUGACUGCCGGAAUUUCCUUCGUCAAAAGACUUCUCGAAUCCUUCUUCACAGGUUUCGCAAUAGGAGGAGCUGUAUCUCUAGUCAUUUUCCCAAUGACCAUGCGAGGUGUCGUCUUCAAGGAGUUUACUGGAUACAUCAUGCUCUUGCGCAAGAUGACCAAGGCCAACCUUACAUAUCUUCAAAGUCUCGAGGAAACAGACAUGUUUUUUGGAAGAAGCGACACCAACAUUCCAGAAAAGCCAAAGCGCACUACAGAAGCUCAAGCCAUUAAGGAUACGCUUGCAGGACUUGCCGCUUUGCACGGAAAACUUUCUGUCGAUCUGACCUUUGCCAAAAGAGAGGUGGCUGUAGGACGACUUGGCCCAGAUGAUCUGCAAGAGAUAUUCAAACGAUUACGGGGAUUGAUGCUCCCCAUUAUCGGUCUCAGUAGUGUUAUCGAUGUGUUUGAGAGAAUCGCUGAAGACAGAAAUUGGAAUCAUCCUGCCCCAGCAAAACCGAUAGAGGAGCUUGAUGAUCCUAACGAGAGGAGUCGAAUGGAGGCCGUCGCAGAUUGGCAUGCCAUUUUCAGAACGAUGCGAGAACCUUUUGCUCGAAUCGUCGGAGAUAUCGACGAGGGCUUUGAGCACGUACUAAUUACCCUGCAGCUAAUCAAGCCGCCAAAAAGAGAAAUCGAUACUGAGUCUGAAGGCGAUCGUCCUCAUCCUGGUGAUAAAGAGUUCCAAGGGUACCACUUCAAACGAGUAGACGAUUAUCACAGCCAGAAGCGUAAUUUAUUGAGACGAUGGUGCGAACUCAGAGGCUUCUCACUACCCGACGACUUCUUCGAAAACGCACAGACAGCUGAAUUCACUGCUCCGGAAUGGUACCACAACGUUAAGAACAAUGACGAGCGCCAGAAAUACAGAGCCAGACUCUUCAUUGUCCUAUACGUCGACUACUUGCUGGACUCGAUAGCCAUGACGGUCCAUGAUUUCGUCAAGUAUGCAGAUGCCAAGGUCGAAAGCGGAAAAUUGGGCCGCAAAAGACUUAUUGUCCCUGGUGUCAAGCGCCUGCGAAAGUGGGUCAAGUCGGCCUACAGCCGAAAGCAGGAUGCAUACACUGACGAGCAGCACGGCAUGAACGAGGAUGGCAAUCGAUCUUCCAACGUGUAUCUCGGCGAUGCUUAUAGCAAGCGCAGGGAUCCUGAGCACUUGCCUCCAAGCAAUGCGUGGGAGAGAUUCGGAGACCGGAUCCGUGGCGUUGCUCAUUUUCUUCGCUCGCCCGCAUCGUCGUUCGGUUUCCGAGCUGCUUGUGCUACUAUGUGUCUUGCCAUUGUCGCAUAUCUGCACGACACACAGACCUUCUACGUCAGACAACGCUUGUUCUGGGCACAAAUCAUGGUUGGCAUGAGUAUGUCGCCUUCUGCCGGGCAGAGCUUGUUUAGUUUCGUGCUCCGUCUGGUUGGCACUUUUGCUGCGAUGGUAACGAGUUUCAUCAUUUGGUACAUUGUCGACGGACAUACUGCAGGAGUCCUAGUCUUCUUCUGGUUCUUCGUAGCAUGGGGCUUCUUCAUCGUCUUGAAGUUCCCUCGCUUCGUACCCGUGGGCAUGAUCUACUCCGUCACCAAUACCCUUAUCAUCGGCUACGAAUUGCAAGUAAGGAAGAUCGGUGUAGCUGCUUCAGAGAGCAACGGUCAAGCAUACUAUCCCAUCUACGAGCUGGCGCCUUAUCGACUGGCCACUGUCGCUGCCGGUAUCUUCGUAGCUUGGGUGUGGACCGUCUUCCCCUACCCCAUCUCAGAGCACUCAGAACUUCGCCGUAACCUCGGCUCAUCGCUUUAUCUUCUGGCAAACUACUACUCGGUCGUGGUUGAAACUGUCAAGAUCCGCGUUAGAGGCGACGACUUCCAAGACUUGGACUCGUUCAAUGACAAGGACCACCCCGCCAAGAAGCUGGAGAAGAUCAGACAGACUGUCUUUUCCAAGUCUGUCUUGCUUCUGCAAGGACUACGUACACAUUCGGGUUUCAUCAAAUACGAUGUUCCGAUCGGUGGUCGCUUCCCGCGUCAAAACUACGACAGAAUUAUCGCUCGUAUUCAAGAUAUCCUGAACUUUGCCUCCCUUCUCAGCUACGCAUCACAAACAUUCUCCGACAUGCGCAAUGCAGAUAAAGAUGGCUCAGAGUCACAAUGGCUCAACGACUUCCGCCGCCUCGUCACCGAAGCCGAUAUCACCAGCAAAGAAUCUACAACCCUCCUCUCCCUCCUCUCGGCCUCUGUAGCCAGCGGUCAACCCCUCCCACCCUACCUACAACACCCCGAACCCUACCGUCUGAGCGCGAAACUCGAAAGUCUAGAUGCGAGUAUCCUAUCCGUCCGUCACAUGGCCGAGCCGGGUUUCGCAGCCUUUGCAGUCAUGCAAAUUUCGACCAAAUUUAUUGGCGAUGAUAUCAAGGCGUUGCUGGCGGAUAUCAAGGAGUUGGUUGGCGAACUUGACUUCUCGUUCCACGUUGUUAGUACAAAGGAUGCUUCGCCUAAUGAGAGUCAGGAUACGCUGAUUAGGGAUGAUUCGAAUGAGCGACGAAAGGCUGAUUAG